CUUUAAAUAAGAAAAAAGUAGAGCUGAAGGUGGUAGUAGUGGUGGAUUAGUUAGUUUCCAACUAAAAUUUCUGCUCUCUGCUUUCACUCCAUCUAAUUAGCUGAUGCCUCUAAACAAGCGAAGGACCAUCUCAAAUCCUUCACAUCUGCCUAACGAAGAUCAUACUGAAGAAGAUAUAUGGUCAAGGCCAAACUGGCCACCGCAACUGGAGAAGGUCUUGGUGGAGUUGCUGGUCGAGCAAACGAAACUAUGUGACGAAGAAUGGGAGCAUGUGACCCGAAAGUUCAACAAUAAGACAGGUCUCAAUUAUGAUAAAUUGGAACUGCAGGACCAGCUUGCGCUGCUGCAGAAACGGUAUCAAAUCCUUAAGCCAUUCUAUCAUGUCUGGCAACACUACUCAGAGGCACAUCCUGAGAUUAAGCCUUACGAGAAAUGGGGUUGUCCAAUAUUUGACGAACUAUACACAAUAUUUACAGAUCGUGCCUUUAGUGCUGCUGAUUUGAGGUCACACAGUAGCCAUGCUAAUUCACGCUCUAAUAAGAAUGCUAAUCAUUUGAAAAGAUGCAAAAAUUCUGAGUCAAUAGGGAAGUCAACGGAAAGGGUGCAUGCCACGGAAGAUGUGAAAGGGUGCAUGCCACGGAAAAGCUCACAGUUGAGCUCGGGGGAAACUAAGAUGCCCGAGUCCUAUAACCCAUAUUCUGUGAGCCAUUGCGUUACAGUUAUGAACCGAAUGCAAGGUCUUGACCGCGGCCUGUACUUUGCUGCGAUUGAUCUGUUUGAAAAUGCACGUUGGAGAAAGAUAUUCAUGUCACUAAAAACAGAAAAACGGUUGGCCUGGUUGAAAGCAAUGGAUCCCAGCGUUUCAUGAUAGGCGCAGGCCUCAAAGCAUGCACUCUACUCACUAAUUUUUGUUGAUGUGAAUUAGUUUUAAAAGAAUGUCCUAUUUUGCUUUGUAACUAGCAUUUCGGUGAGUACGCAGAAUAUGAACUUUAGCUACAUUAUCAGUUUAACAAUGAUCGAACUCAAUUAGUAAGUUUUGCACAUAUUUAAUGUAGCCAUGCUUAGUUUGGUAUUUUAUGCA